AUGUCUGACGGUAUAAGACAAGCACUUAUCUCAAGCUUGUUUCCUCCAAGCUCUCAGGAAAAGCUAAUAGUUCACGUUAAAACAUACAAGGAUAUCCAAUCUUCAGAGACGAGCAAAGACAUCAAGGGAACCCCUCGUUAUCUAUGCUUAACCCAAAAAAAGAGCGCUAUACGACUCUUGAAGGUCAAGAGAAACCAAAAUGGCACCUUCAGCAUCAGCAAAGCAUGGUCUCUGGAUGAUAUCAAGCAAAUUCAGAUUGUGGAUGCUCAUCAAUUUUCUAUUACACUCAACAAGACCUACUUGUGGGCCGUUGAGCGAGGCAGAGAUAAGAUGAUAUUUUUAGCCUUCUUGAUCGACUCUUGUAGACGUUCAGCAGCUCGCAUGCCAAAGUUGGUCAACAUUGAUGAAGCUCGUAUCAUUCGCUUCCUGGCUGAUCCAUCUGCACCCUCCAUGGGAUCCACCAACACAAUAACCACCAACAUUUCUGACAGCAAUGUGGACAACCAUCUAAUGACUCAAUCUCCUGUUGCGCAUGACAAUUCGUAUCCUCCAUCGCCUUCCACAAGCACUGGAUACAAUUAUCACAACAAUAGUCUGCCAAUGUCUGCUCGAUCCGUCAGUGCCAUGUCUGAGAAUCAACGUCCAACUUCCCCUAAAGCUGCAUUUGCCCCAUCUCAACCUCCUGCUCAGUCAACACCCCCGCCUCCUCAGCAACAGCGUCAACAUGAGCAGCCUAUGCCUUCUUCUCCACAGCCAUCCAGUUACGCACAAUCUCCCGUCAAGACCAGCAUGCCCAAGCAACAGCCCGCUGUAAGAGCUUCCCCGCCACCCCAAACUGCAAUUCAGUCAGCAUCUCGUGAAGAUACUCAUAACAGGUACAAUGCCUCUGAACAGCAGCAGCAGCAGCGCAAUGAUCGUAAAGAAAGAGAUCGUGUCCGAGAAGCCAAGCGAGAGCGUGAUAGAAUGGAGAGACGAGCUCAAGAGGAAAAGCAGCGUCAAAAGAAGGCCGAGGAGAUUCAAGAAAAGAUGGCAGAGCAGGCUUCUUUGAUGAAUGUAGAAGAGUUGUUGACAGACUUCAAUUGGAAGGCAAGCGGUAAUGCAGCAGCAUUGGAAAAAAGACUACUGGGUGAAUUACACGCAUUGGAAGCAGCCAAUGUGCAUGCCAUGAUCCAAUCAGACGAACGAGUUCGCUCCAUUGUAGAACACAUUGAUAAGUCGUUAGAGGAGCUCGAUAGUAUGGAAAGUUGGUUGUCGCUUUAUGGCGCAGAGCUCAACAGUAUGGGUGAUGAUAUUCGUGAAAUUGAGACACAAAACAAAGCGCUUCAAAUAUUGAAUUCGAAUCAGCAUGCUUUGAUUAAUGAAUUGGAUGGUUUAUUGACAGCCAUCUCUAUACCCAGGCGUUGUCUUGACAGCCUUCAAAAUGACCCCAUGGACACAGUCGAUGAUGUGAUUCGCAUCCAAGAGUCUGCUGAAAUGCUGCAAAAAGUCAUCAAGACCAAACUAGGCGACGGACUGCAAGACAUGGCUGCUGUUCAGCAACGAUUAGAGACUUACAACAUACACGGCAACAAGUUUAGCGAGAGAAUCUUCAAGUUUUUGAAGGAACAGUUUGAAUAUCAAGCCAAACAGUACUUUGAUUACAAAACGAGAGCUUCGCCGGUAGAUACCAGGAAAGGAGGCACAGCAAUCAUCGCUCAGCCUCAUGAACCUAUUGAAGACAAGCUGAUCAAAUACCAAGGAUUCAAUCUAUGGGAGAAGGAGAUGGAGCCAAGAAUGUAUAAUGAACUGCAAAGAUGCUAUGCGCAAGCCAUGGCGCCUUUAUAUGACCGGGAUGUUCGUGAUUUGAUUGAGAGUACUCGCGCUUAUUAUGCUACUCUGCGCAAAAGAGACGUUGAUGAACUUGAAUACAUCUUCAAGCCCGAAGAAUCUCGUCCUGCAAGAGCUCUCGCUUAUGCUCCCAACUUGAGAGGUGAUGAUUCCAAACCUCAUCGAUACAGACACAUGCUUCGUGGUUCAGUAGAAGGUGUGAUUGGAGGCAGUUUUAACAACGGUAGCGGACGUGCUAGUGUAGAUGAGGAUGAAAAGGCUGCUGACGAUGCCUUUGCUCAAAUGAUCAGCCAAGCAGUAAUGCUAGUUUGUAGAGAGCAAAAUUACAUGAGUGAUUUGUUUGAACAGACAUUAAACGGGUCAAGAUCUUUCUUGGAGAGAGGUAUGGUGUACUCACAAGUGCCCAACAAAUCAGAUCUGUACAGUCGAAGAGAUAAAAUCAGAGAUGUCAAGGUCUCUAAAAAAAUUCUCACAUGGAUGGAAAUCAUCUUUGAGACGCUAGAGCCAAAUCUUGUGGGUCUGUUGGAAUACGGUGUAAAGAGUGAUCCUACACAAGCUGUCAGCAUGCUGGGAGCAGUAGAAUUUCAGCAAGAAAAAUGGGAUGGCUCAGAUCAGGAAUUCACCUUGCGUCUGUGCAAAUCUAUAUUACAGAGAUUGACAAAGAUGUUUGAGAGCUUCAUUGCGGAUCAAGUGCGCAUCAUUGAAGAAACCAAAGUGAGUUCCAAGAAACGAAAAGGCAUCUUAUCCUUCUUCCGCACAUUCCCUGUGUUUGCCAUGCGUAUGGAAAUGGCAGCUGUCAAUGUGCAGCCUGAAUCAGAAACUCGUGUUACGGUUAGUGAAGCCUAUGAAAAGAUUAUUCAAGCCAUGAUGGGAAGUUUAGACAGUAUAGCUCGUGAAAGUGAUCAAACUGGUGAUGAUAAAGAGCAACUGAAUGCCACCAUUAUGUACAUUGAAAACAUGCAUCAUAUGUACCACACAUUGCGCACAAACAAGCUCCAUGUAUUAGAAAAGUGGAUCAAACAUGCCAAAACGCAAUACGACAACAGUCUGAAUGCAUACAUCAAAGUCAUCAUUCGCCGUCCUUUGGGCAAACUACUCGAGUUUUUUGAGGGUGUUGAGCAAAUGACACAUACCAGCACACCUGAAGAAGUCUCCUUCCACAUGAACUACAACAAGACUCAAUUGCGUCGAGUCAUUAUGAUGUAUCCUCCCAAGGAAAUCAAGAAAUCACUGGAACAGCUGUACAAGCGUGUGGACAAGCAUUUUUCAGAGGAAGAAGGUUUAUUGCAGGUGGUAUGGCGUGGUAUCCAGGAAGAGUUUAUUCGCCAGCAUGAAAAGAUGGAAGACUUGAUCAACAAGUGCUAUCCUGAUGCCGGGGCUCAUCUGGAAUUCACCAUUCAAGACCUGCUAGGCAUGAUGAGUGAACUUGCUCGCAAGGUCAAUGUAUAA